AUGGACCACUCACCUUCGGCCGGCUUUCUGGCGAGAUACGGACCAAGAUCUACGAUGAGUGGCCGACGACUUCGCGAGAUCCGACAUGUCCGCAUUCAUCUACAAUACCACUACCUCGGUCCGGAAUCCCGCCUGGAACGUGAUUUCAAGGCUUCGCGAUCGAUCAAGGACGUCUUCCAUCCUGAUGCUGUCAUCGAGCUGUCAGUCGCCGUUCAUCUCCCCGUCAGCCCAGAGUCUCUGGCACUGGAAGGCCGCGAGGCACGACCGCUGGAGGCGAGGUGGAUUCUGGACAAUCACGAGCUUGACUUCGACGUACGACAGGCGUCAGUGCUCAAGAUCCGAGAUGCUAUGGACGAGCUGGACCAGUACUACCACGGCACGCAUGGUGGUGAUCUUGUAGCGGCGAUGAUCACUCACGCACCCAGAUUCCUCGUCUGGGGAGCUCAGUCGUUCAUGACGAAGCCUUUCUUCGGACCUGCACUGCCGCCGGUUAUGGAAGCAGUACGUGAGAAGGAGGAGCGUGAGAAGGAGGAGCGUGAGAAGCGGGAGCUGGAGUGGGAUGCUCAGCAGGAGAGGGACCGCGAAGCUGCAUGUGGCGAAGAUUAA